UCAACCAUUCACGACAUAAGAAGCUGAUUUGAAGCUGCAAAGGGGAAAAGCAAGAAAAAGCAAAGGACUUCCAUUGGUUGCAGGGCAGUGCUGGAAGAGAGGAGUGGUGAAUAAGGAAACAGGCUUUAUUAUCUUAUUCGUUAAACCUGUCUCUAUGAUUUUGUGGUUUCGUUCGUUUUAUGUAUUGGGUUUGGAACAGGACUAAGGCAGUAAUUGGAAUGGUCGUAAACCAAGUUCUUCAGCUGUAACAUUGUGAAUAGAAAAACAUGAGCUCCUAUUUUGUGAACCCUCUCUUUUCCAAGUACAAAGGCGGCGAAACGUUGGAACCAACGUACUAUGACUGCAGGUUCCCUCAAAGCGUCACCCGGAGCCACGCGCUGGUGUACGGUGCGGGAGCGGCGGCGCCAGGCUUUCAGCACCCGCCCCAUCACGUCCAAGACUUCUUCCACAAUGGGACGCCGGGGAUCUCCACACCAGGCUUCCAGCAGAAUCCAUGCGUCUUGGCUUGCCAUGGAGAUGCUACAAAAUUUUAUGGAUACGAAGCCCUUCCGAGACAAACGCUUUAUGGCACCCAACAAGAGUCGAGCGUGGCGCAAUACCCAGACUGUAAAUCGUCAAAUGGCACUAACCUCGGAGAAGGACAAGGCCACCUAAAUCAAAACCCGUCUCCUAGUCUCAUGUUUCCAUGGAUGAGACCGCACGCCCCCGGAAGACGCAGUGGCCGACAGACCUACAGUCGAUACCAAACACUUGAGUUGGAGAAGGAAUUUCUCUUCAACCCUUACCUCACCCGUAAGCGUCGGAUCGAGGUGUCUCACGCUUUAGGGUUGACGGAGCGGCAGGUUAAGAUUUGGUUCCAAAACCGACGGAUGAAAUGGAAAAAGGAGAACAACAAAGACAAAUUUCCGGGCCAAAGAGGAGAGAUGGAGGCGGAAGGAGAGGCAGAGGGCGAGGGUGAGUGCGAAGAUGAAGGCAACGAUGACGGUGAAGGAGAAGAAGGAGACAAAAAGGAAACUGGAGAGGAAGAGGACACAAAAGAGUGAUUUGAAUUUCUCUUUUUUAUGAUUACAUGGCUUAAAGUUGAAGAUGGUAGAGAGAGAGAGAGGCCCGGAAAAUUGAAUUGAGAGAGAGCGAGAUCACAUUUUAUGACCACCGUUUAAUUGAGUUAACAAGUAAGACACAUCCUUUAAAGACACAUUUAAAACAUAAAAACAUAUAUUCCACAAUACUGACGACGGAUCAGCUUCUUUAGAAAUAUUGCCAUUUAUGCCUGCACGUAGGCUAAUGUAGGCAGCUUAUUAUGCUUACUCAAUCAUAUUGCACUAAAUCACAAAUUGGGCACAUCAUUGCGCACAUGUUGUCACACAUCAUGAAACACAUAGAGGCAAAAAUUACAGACAUUAGCCUUGUCGCAAAAUAGAAUUCAAUUGAUUCAACAUUAAAUAGAUUUCAGUAUGAUUGAAAUAGCCUAUAUAGGCUAAUCUAGCCAAUUGAUAUUUUAAUGCAGUCAUCUCAGUUUUCAUUUUAAGCGAAAUGUUAUCCUUCACUUGUUUGUAACAAUUGCAAAUACUUUGGCAACUUUGUAUUUGUAGUCAACUUCAUUCUGAAGUUAACGGCAGUUACAGUUACAUGUUUAGCGGAGAUCUUCUGAGAAUAAAGUUACACGGAAGGGCAAAAGAGCGUUUAACGAUGCACUUUGGCUGCUCUACAAGUGGUCUGGAUCACUUCUAUAUGUACGAAGGUUGUUAAGAGCCACGAUACUAACGAAGGCUCCUGGAAACACCUCGGCUACUAAAGAUACAUCAUAUGAAGGUUCUAAUGAUGAUCUUAACGCUACGAAGGCUCUGGGAAACGAUGCCAAGCUCUGUUUAGCAGAAAAUAGCUCUCUUUAGGAGGAUAAUCACUGCUUAUAAUAUCUAGCUUAAAACGAUGCAAAGGCCCACAUAACACAGAGACAAAGCACUAGCAAAACACUCAUAUGGUCCACAGAAUGUACAAGCGGAGGAUGGCUAGAAAUGUUUCAAUGUUCAGUCAAUGUUGUCAUUCGAGGAAAAGGGUUAAUUAUUAAUACACAUUCUUUGUACUUUUUGUGUUUUGUUUUUCCUCCAAAAUAUUAUUUAUGUGGAUUUGGAUGUUUAUUGGGGUGAUUGGAGUUUUUUUUAUUGGCCACUCUCAAUUCCACAUUUGGAGUCAUGAGUAGUCUCUAUAAUGUGGGAAAUUGCAAUAUGGAUUAUUGGUUAGAAGGUACAUUUCAUAAGGGAUAUUUCAUAUUAUUGUCUCAAAUAUACUAGUGUGUGUAUUGUAAUGCAUUUCUUUAAACAUUGUGAGCGCUGAGCUUUUGAUUGCAACUGCCCGGGCCUAUUCUAUCCGAUAGGCCAAUCAAAACAAAGAAGAAAUUCUCCAUAUAUUGAAUAUUUAUUGAUUCUUGACCUAAUUUAGAUAAAUCAAAGAUUCUAAUCAUAUAAGAAGGCAGCAAUAACUUACGCUUAUGUGAUUAGUAGCCUACUGCUGAUUUCAAUAUCGGGAAAUAAGCCUUUACUGCCUAUAUAGGACGCACUUGGAGGUAAUGUUAAAAUCUACCAAGAAAGCUGUAUUGUCAUUAACAAUGUUGAUCUAUACAUUUUUACGAAAGUGACAAGGCAGUCAAAGGACAGGCCUAUAGCUAUAACACAUGUAUUGCAUUUGAUUGCAUGAUACUUAUGGUGCUACUUGUGGCGGUACAGUUCUAGGCCUAUAUUGAUAUAUCUUUGAAACAAGUGUCUCUGCGUCAUACUAGCUAGUCAGCCAUUGGACUUUGUCACAAACAUUGGUGUCCCAACAACUUAAACUGCCUAAAGUAGCCUAAUGCACAUUUAUUUAACCAACAGCCUAUGUUAUAAUUGAUCGAGGAAUUGUACUUCUUCGAAUAAUUCAUCAACUUUUAAACAUUAUUACAUUAUUGUGAUGAUCCAAUAGACUCGUUUUUUUAUUGCACUGAUUAUGGCCUCUAUGUAUGUCUUCGUAUAUCUUGUUGUAUUAAUAAGCUUGAUUUCUUAUGUUUUAAGUUAAAGGAGGGGAUGUUGGUUCUGAAUGCACACACCCUUGACAUUGACUUGUUGAAAUAAAUGGCAAAACCUGAA